AUGCCCCCAAAAUCAGAAUCGGAACCCAUCUCCUCCUCAGGGAUAACAGUCAACGCUUUAACCGGUGAACGCCACAUUCCCGCCUCGACACGCGCUGACGGCUCCCAGCGCCGCGAAAUUAAAAUCCGGCCCGGCUACCAGCCACCGGAGGAUAUACAGGUGUACAAAAACCGUACAGCUGAAGCGUGGAAAAAUCGCGGCAAGGGCGGCAUUCCUGGUGUAGAAGGUCUAGGAGAGGAAUCUGCUCGUACUACGGCAGCUACAGCUGCAAGCAAUAAGAAUGCGAAGAAGCGGGAGGCGAAGCGGAGGGCGAAAGCUGCGGAGGAAGGGGGGGUCCCAGGGAAAGCAAAGGAGAAAGAGAACUGGAGGGAAAGUACGCAAGAAGAAAACCCUGGUGCUGAUGCAGAUGUCGUUCAUGAUGCGGAAGUCGAGAAAGAGAAGAAGCUGCGCAAUUUGCGCAAGAAGCUGAGGCAGGCAAGGGAGCUAAGGGAGAGGAAAGACAAUGGUGAAAAUCUGCUUCCAGAGCAGUUUGAGAAGGUUAUCAAGAUUCAGGAGUUAGUGAGACAGCUGGAUGCCUUGGGGUUUGAUUCAGAGGGCGAGAGGAAGAAGACGAGUGCGGAAUGUGCGGAUCAUAACCCCUGA